ACAAGGUCACUGUGUUCUUUGCAGAAAGCCUCACCUCAAUAUGGAUUGUAUUUGAUCUUUUUUUAAUCCUCCAGAAAGCGUGAAAUCAUCUCGGUGACAUCUACAGCAGCUCAGUCCUCUACAGCCACCAUGAAGCCUCUCAUUUGGCUGUUUGCUCUGUUUUCUCUGUUGACUGUAACAAGAGAGGCUGAUGUGAUUGCCUCACAUGAUACCGUUAACGUGGUAGACGGUGAAGACGCCAUUCUGCCAUGCCAGCUGAAGGAGACGUUCAGCUCGACUAUAUCAGUGUUAUGGAAACGCAAUGGAACCAUUGUGCACUUGUAUCGAAGUAAGGCUGACGAUCUAGUUAAACAGGACAAGAACUUCGUAGGUAGAACAUCUCUCUUCCCUGAUGAAUUGGCCAAAGGAAACUUUUCACUAACUCUGACCAACGUGACUGAAUUGGAUGCAGGAAAUUACACCUGCGAAGGUCGAGUUAACGACCUCUCCGGCAAAGGUCUGGUCAGACAAUGCAACGUUAACCUCAUUGUUGAGCCAAAGCGAAGCAAAGGAAAUCCGACAAAUAUUCUUGGACACCGGGAUAACCAAAAUACUGACAUCGGCGCUAAAAUAGGCAUUGUUAUUGGCAUUGUCAUUGGCAUUGGCAUUCGCCAGAGCCAGAGGCAGGGCCAGCACCAGAGCCGGCACCAGCACCAUUACCAGCACCAGCACCAGAGCCGGCACAAGAGCCAGCACCAGAGCCAGAACCAGAGCCAGAGCCAGAGCCAGAGCCAGAACAUGAUCCCAGUCCGAGUCCAAGAUGGAGAGGAUACACCAGGCAAAAAAGCAAGGAAACGGACAAUCCUGAGGCGAUAA